AUGGUCACCACCGCCGACGACCUCGCGUCCGCCCGCUGGGCCGCCUGGGCGGCGGGCGCCGACGCCCGCGUGUUCGCCGCGGUCGGGCUGCACCCGACGCGCAGCCGCGACCUCGACGACGCCGCGCGCGCCGAGAUCGAGGAGCUGGCGGGGCUCCCGCGGGUCGUGGCGGUCGGCGAGACGGGCCUCGACGACUACUGGACGACCCGCCGUGACGACUGCGCCGACCUGGACACCCAGCGCGAGGCCUUCGCCUGGCACAUCGACCUCGCGAAGCGGGUCGGCCUGCCGCUGGUGAUCCACGACCGCGAGGCCCACGACGCGAUCCUCGACGUGCUCGACGCCGAGGGCGCUCCGGAGACCGUGGUGUUCCACUGCUUCUCCGGCGGCGAGGAGAUGGCGCGGCGCUGCGCGGGACAGGGCUGGUACCUGUCGCUCUCGGGGACGGUGACGUUCCGCAACGCCGGCGAGCUGCGACGGGCGGCCGCCGCGGCGCCACGGGCGCUGCUGCUCUCCGAGACCGACGCCCCCUUCCUCACCCCGCACCCGUUCCGCGGGCGGCCGAACGAGCCCAGCUGCGUCCCCUACACGCUGCGCGACCUCGCGGAGCUGCGCGACGAGGAUCCGAUCGGGUUGGCUCGAGCGACGGCCGACAACGCCGUUCGGGCGUUCGG